AGUCAAAAUUCCCUCGACGUCAAUGCCGUGCAGGACACUGAGAAGAGCGGAGAGCCCCUGCCACCAGACGAGGAACAAGAAAUGGUUCUGCAGAUCUCAGACUCCCCGCAACCCACUCCCAGUAAGAUCCACAACGCCAACCACAACACCAAACUCGACCAGCUCAUGAAGGCUUACGACAACUCGGCUUUCGACGCGGAGGAAGGCGACGAGACCGAGGUGAUGGGCAAGCCGGCGGUGGGCAACGGUCACUACCGGUCCCCCUCGGCGUCCUACACGACGGGAACCACUUCUAUCCCGGGGUUGAACGAGGAAGUGCAGGAAGGGGUGACCAGAUUCGCGGACGAGAUUCUGUCGCGGGAUUCCGGGUACCCGGAUGGACCUCUGCAGUAUAACUCCACGCAUUUGGACUACACUGACAUCUGAGCCAGACAGCAAGUGAGGAGUCCAAUGUAAAAAAACUGGCGUGGUCAUAAACUGAAAGUCCGGAGGGUAUAAAUUUUGAAAAGGUGUUGACUCAUAACUACUGUAUUUCUGUUCAGCCGUUGGUUGAUUAUUGUUGUUAGAUUUCCCAUCCACCAAACAUAUAAAACAAAUCCCCAACCAAAAAAAUAUAUAAAGCUAUGAAUCCACAAGCUUUUAAAAUUGACGCCCUCACAAUUUACAGUUCGUGAGUAUGCCCGGAUUUUUUUUCAGUGGACUCCUCAAGUUUAGUUUGAGCGUCUGUGAAGUCAUAACGGUCAAGCAAUAAUAGCCAAUCCCUUUGCCGUCACACACAGAAGAGACGCAUUCGAUUCUCGAGUGGGGAAAUUGUUUGAUAGAAUAAUAUUUGUGGCGUGCUGACAAAAUUAGUUACUUCUCGCAAUCCACAAAUGGAGAUAUUGGCAA